AGGAUCUGCCCGCCCUGCCGAGCUGCCAGGGGGCUGGACACUGCCCACCUGCCUUUCCACCGUCCCCACACGCACCCACACCCUGCUCCUCCCCCGCCAUCGCUCUUCCGGAACAGAACCCAGAGCAGAACCCAGAACUGUCCGGGGCUGGAGAGGCCCAGGCGCCGCGGUCAGCCCAGCGGGCAGAGGGAAGGGGGCGGGUCCCCACGGGGAGAUGGCACCACAGCCCCUAUGCCCGGCCGAUGAGCCGGGUGAGGGGAAGUGCCAGGGCAGGGCAGGGCAGGAGCGAGGCUGCUGGGCCUGGGAAGAUUGAGACAGAGGCCGGCUUUACCGAUGAGGAACUCGAGGCACGUGACUCGCCCCAGGCCACUUUGGCCGCUGGGCAGGGGCCAGGCCUUGCUCUCUGGGACCAGUCUCCCGCGCCCAGCCCAAUGACAGCUUGUGGUGCUAUGCCAUCAGACUACAUAUGGCCUUUCCUCUAUGCGAGCUUGGGGCUGGGGGGCCUCCUGGCUGUGGUUGUGGCUGUUCUGUCCGCCUGUCUGUGUCGGCUCCAUCGGAGAGUGAGGAAGCUGGAGAGGAGCUGGUGGGGUGGGGUGGGGCGGGAGCUCACAGGGAAGGAUGGGAGAGGCCCUGUGACCCCUGCCAGCCUGUGUGCCCGCCCGGCCCAGGCCCAGCUCCCGGAGCAGGAGCAGGAGCAGGAGCUCCACUACGCAUCUCUGCAGCGGCUGCCCUGCAGGGAGCCGCCUGGCCAUGGCCACCAGGAAAGGGAAGACUCCUUGCAGGACCCCGGCACCGACUACACCUGCGUUGCUGACAAGAAGCCCACCUGAGCACCUGCCCCCAGCCCUAGUGCAUCCUGUGGCUCACCCAGUAAACACCUUGGUCUCAAA